CUUUCACAGUUAACAUACCCUCAGCACCAGUACCUACAUACUCACUCUUCCUCCAUUUGCUUCCUACUCAACCACUUUCUAUACGAAACCACAGUCCAGACCAACAUAAGCUAUGUCGUCCGAAGAGGUUCCAAAGAUCCCCAGCAUCGAGCUGUCGCAGAACCGAUUCCUGCUUACCAGUGGACCCAAGGAGACUCAUGCCCAGGCGCAGGAGGCUAUCAUGAAGAAGAUCAAGGAAGACAAUAUGGCACCUUUCUACGAGCUCAUUUGUGAAGAGCAGGGUUGGCCUGUGGACGCCGCUCUUCUGGAGAACAUGAAGAAGGAGAACGAGGAAGCCUUGAAGAAGCUGGAUGAGCGCCUCAAGGAUGCAGAGGAAAAUUUGGGUGAGACCGAAAUUUCGGACACUCUUCUUGCCAGAGCUGAGCACUUUGCAAAGAUUGGCGAAAAGGAGAAGAGUUUGACAGCGUACAGGGUGGCAUUUGACAAGACCGUGGCACUCGGAAGCAGACUGGAUAUCUUGUUUGCCAACAUCCGUACUGGAUUCUUUUACCGAGAUAACGAUAUCGUCAGCAGGAACAUCGAGAAGGCUAGAACUAUGAUCGAAGAAGGAGGCGAUUGGGACCGCAGGAAUCGCCUUAAGGUGUACGAGGGCGCCUACUUGAUGACUAUCCGCGACUUUAAGGGCGCUGCAGAUCUUUUCAUCGCCACGCUGUCAACAUUCACAUCUACGGAACUCAUGGAGUACAAGGACUUUGUGACCUAUGCUGUUCUCUCCAGUGUACUCGCCUUGAAGCGCGUGGAUAUCAAGAACAAGGUGAUCGAUUCGCCAGAGGUGUUGGAGGUACUGCAUGAGAUUCCCCAUCUGGAGGAUUACCUGAAGUCACUCUAUGGUGGAGAUUACGCCAAGUUCUUUGUAUCCUUGGCUGCCCUGGAGACAUCUACAUUCAAGCGCUCCUGGGUCUUGUUCCCACACUACCGCUACUAUGUUCGUGAAAUGCGCAUUCGAGCGUACGCCCAAUUGUUGGAAUCCUAUCGAUCUCUCACCAUGCAGAGCAUGGCACAUUCCUUUGGAGUUGGCGAGGAGUUCAUUGACAGGGAUUUGUCCAAGUUCAUCUCGGCAGGCCGUCUCAACUGCGUGGUUGAUAAAGUGAAUGGCAUUGUGGAAACCAACAGACCCGAUGCGAAGAACGCUCAAUACCAGCAGGCCAUCAAGCAGGGCGAUAUUCUUUUGAACCGUGUCCAAAAAUUGAGCCGCGUAAUCAACGUUUAGAAACGCAUACCGCUGUUACAUGAGCCUGCAAGAUAUCAAAUAAAGCACCAUUGAAAAUGCAGUUUUGCAUUGACUUGAAACAAUCAA